AUGAUAAUUUCGUUUCCAUCACCGAAUUCCCGGCGUAAUUGUCAGCCACAUAGAGGGGUUUGUGUACCCCCAAAUUUUGGACUGUACCCCUAUCUUGCAAAGGCAGGGGGUACAUGUACAGGUACCCUUAACUUUAAAAAUGAGUGGGCAUGCUUUACUAGUAUUGUACAUACAACAAGUACAUGUACUGUACAUAUAGCAAGUACAUGUACUGUACAUAUAGCAAGUACAUGUACUGUACAUAUAGCAAGUACAUGUACUGUACAUAUAGCAAGUACAUGUACUGUACAUAUAGCAAGUACUAGUAGUGUACAUAUAGCAAGUACAUGUACUGUACAUAUAGCAAGUACUAGUAUUGUACAUAUAGCAAGUACAUGUACUGUACAUAUAGCAAGUACUAGUAUUGUACAUAUAGCAAGUACAUGUACUGUACAUAUAGCAAGUACUAGUAUUGUACAUAUAGCAAGUACUAGUAUUGUACAUAUAGCAAGUACUAGUAUUGUACAUAUAGCAAGUACUAGUAUUGUACAUAUAGCAAGUACUAGUAUUGUACAUAUAGCAAGUACUAGUAUUGUACAUAUAGCAAGUACUAGUAUUGUACAUAUAGCAAGUACUAGUAUUGUACAUAUAGCAAGUACAUGUACUGCACAUAUAGCAAGUACUAGUAUUGUACAUAUAGCAAGUACAUGUACUGCACAUAUAGCAAGUACUAGUAUUGUACAUAUAGCAAGUACUAGUAUUGUACAUAUAGCAAGUACUAGUAUUGUACAUAUAGCAAGUACUAGUAUUGUACAUAUAGCAAGUACAUGUACUGUACAUAUAGCAAGUACUAGUAUUGUACAUAUAGCAAGUACUAGUACUGUACAUAUAGCAAGUACAUGUACUGUACAUAUAGCAAGUACUAGUAUUGUACAUAUAGCAAGUACAUGUACUAGUAUUGGCUUACGGAAG